AAACACACAGGCAUCAUGAACAAACUUUUGAUCUUGCUCUUUGCCGCCUUAGCAGCCGCUUCAGAGGAAUUAGGUCCGCAGAAAGUGAUAUGGAUGGAUCCAGUCCGCGACGUCCAAAUGCGUCCUCGAGCAGUCGAUUCGCGGCUGCUAGACGUUGACGGCGGACGUCCUGCCGAUGAUGGUGAUGUUGCCUACCAAGCAGGCAUUCUGGCCAAUCAUGGCGUUUUCUGCAGCGGAUCUCUCAUUACCGAAAGUGCCAUCCUCACCAUUGCGCACUGCGUUGACGGUCGUAAUGUGUGGGAAAUCUACCUGGGCAAAGUGCAAUUGGUCCCAUCUGAUGGCGACCCAGACCUGAAGAGGCAUGUCAUAUUUUCAAAUCACGGGAUAGUCCACGAGCAGUACGAUGCAUGGAGCAACACAAACGCAGUAGCAAUCAUCCGACUUCCUGGACCAGUCACCUUCUCAAAGUACAUCAAGCCCAUUUUGCUGCCGAAGCUGUCGCAGAUUCAAGAGUGGCAGCAGAGGAGCGGACCCAACAACAUCACUGGUUGGGGUAUCGCUACGAGAGGAGAGAUGAAUCCAGAGGAUCGAUUGAAGGUCAUUAUAACUAACAUAAUUAGCAAUGACGACUGUGGCAAAGUGUACGGCGCCAGCAUCAUCCACGAGUCGAUGCUCUGCUUCGAACAAAGAAAUACGAGCCCUGCCAGUUGCUACGGAGAUGCAGGUGCUCCGAUCGUGGUUGAGGACAAUGUGCACAAUGUGCAGAUCGGCAUCGUGCUCUACGGUUCGAGGCAGCAGUGCAGUGACAAGCUGCCCGGCAUGGCCAUCAGAACCGCACCGUUUGUUGAAUGGAUCGCGUCGCACGGAGGUCCAGCCGUCAGACCGUGAUUCCAACUCUCUCCAAAUACUUUUCUUAACCAAAAUAAACGCAUUUUCUAUAAAAACUGAACUCUUGCUUGGGCCAAUCGCUGUCAAUUAACGCUAUUAAAAUAACGUGAAAUAAUUUUCCCUUGGUUGUAAAGUUGUCCUUUGAUCGCAGCAAUAAAUUAAAUAAUAUGAACAUAAAUUAUUUUUUGCUGA